AUGGUUGUUGUAAGAGCGAUGUGCGGGAUUGGAGGCGGAGGCUUGAUAACCGUAUCGCAGGUCUGUGCAUGGGAUGUGCUCCCGGUCAAGAGUCGACCGGCAUACCAAGCAGUCAACAAUGUCACCUACGGCGUCGGAGCCGCUGUGGGAGCUUCUCUCGGUGGACUCUUCUCUGAUUCGCUCGGAUGGAGAUUCGCGUACCUCUUUCCGGUCCCCUUAUCCAUUCUUUCCAUCCUUGUCUUUGUCUACCGAGCACGCCCAAAGCUGAUAGAGCUACACCAAGGAGAGGAAGGCAAAAUACAGUUGAAGGAUAUUGAUGUGCUGGGUAGCGGCCUUUUGCUGACGGCAAUCACACUCCUCAUGAUCAUAAUCAACCUAGGAGGCGACGAGAUACCCUGGACCAGUCCUCUCGUCCCCACUAUCGUCAUCUCUACCGGCAUCAUCGCCUUUGUCUUCUUCCGCCACGAGGCCAAAGCAUCGCUGCCCGUGCUGCCGAUAGGCCUGAUCAAAAGCCGACAUAUGGUAUCCCAAGUAGGUAUGAACCUUUUCGGAGCCAUGGUCAUCUUCGGCGUGCUAUACCUAAUCCCUCCAUUCUUCCAAUCCACCCUUCUCACCACUGCCUCUCUCGCUUCUCUCCGCCUCCUCUACCCAACCCUCACUGCCCCCCUCGGUUCCAUCCUCACUGGCAUAUUUCUUCACCACCAUCCCCACAAAGCAUACCUCGCCCAGCGCCUCGGUGCUGGGGUGCUCUUGGCGGGGACGGGAAUCAUGUUGAGCUUAGCUUUCGGUGAUGACAAUGGGGAAAGGGUUGAAGGAUGGUUUGUGUGGCAUUUGGUCUGGGUUCAUGCGGGGAUGGGAAUCUUGUUCAUUUCGAGUCUGUUAGAUGUGCUGAGUGCUUCUGGCUCUGCAAUCCCAGACCAUGCGGCAGCAACAUCUCUAAUUCUCCUCCUCCGCUCUCUCGGUUCCACCCUAGGCAUCGCCUCGUCCCAAUCAGUUCUCCAAAAUACCCUCUCGCACCAACUGUCUCGUACUUUCACUGGACCCGGAUCAGACGAGAUCAUUGCCGGCAUAAGACAGUCGGUAGAUUUUUUGAAGGAGUUGCCAGAGAGAGAGAGGGAGUUGGGGGUGAGGUGUUGGGUAAUGGCGUUUAGAGCUGCUUUUGGGGGGCUGGUUGGUGUUGCUGGGGUUGUGGUGGUAUUCGCGGUCUUGGGGAUCUGUGCUUCCAAACAAGAGGUGACAGAAGAAGCAGAGAUACAUCCAUCGUCGCUCGAGUCUCAAGACUGA